UGUGAGAGUGGGCCACGCAUCGACACGACUAGAGAAGAAAAUAUUUACCCAAGUCUACAUUGAAGGGGUGCAGUGCCCCAUGGAAGUAGACACUGGGUCGUCAAUCACAAUUAUGUCCUGGGACACCAUCGUGAGAGACUUGCCAGCGAUCGCUAAACAUCAGCUACAAACCCAGAAGCUGAGAGUGCAGGACUACCAGGGGAAUCGGAUCCCUGUUCGAGGAGCCACAUCCGUCCAAGUCAAAUAUGGACAAUUCACAAAGACCCUGCCGAUCACCAUAGUAAACGGAACUCUACCGAGUUUGCUAGGGUUGGACUGGUUCCGAGCUUUGGGCAUGGGAGUGACCGGGGUCCACAGGAGCGACGUCAUCCUCAGAGACGAACUACUGAAGGAGUUCGAGGACGUAUUCAAGGAUUGCCUGGGCAAGUACGUGGGGACCCCUAUUUCUUUCAACCUUGACCCCCAAGUCGCCCCCAUCCGGUUAAAGGCUAGGAGGGUUCCAUUCGCCCUAAAGCCUAAAAUUGACCGAGAAUUGGACAAGCUAGUAAGCCAGGGAAUAUUAGUCCCCGUCAACCAUGCAAAAUGGGAGACACCCAUAGUAACCCCAGUCAAACCGGACGGUUCGGUCCGAAUUUGCGCUGAUUACAAAGCAACGCUUAACAAAGCAUUGCAGAAAAGUGCAUACCCCGUUCCAGUGGUGCAACAUUUGCUACACUCAUUAGGGCAAGGGCAGGUCUUCGCCAAACUCGAUUUGGCCCAAGCCUACCAGCAGCUACCUGUAGAUAGCAGCACAGCUGAGGCGCAGACAAUUGUCACGCACUGUGGGGCUUUCAAAUGUAUGCGACUCCAGUUUGGAGUUAGCGUGGCCCCAGGGCUCUUCCAGAACUUAAUGGAGCGAUUAUUACAGGGCCUGCCAGGAGUGGUACCAUACUUCGACGAUGUAUUGGUAUCAGCUGAAAACUUAGAGGAACUCGGGGUAAAACUAAGGAAGGUGUUGGGCAUUUUUAGGUCUGCGGGGCUUAAAGUUAAGCUCAACAAAUGCCACAUUGGGGUGAAAUCUGUAGAAUUCCUAGGAUACCGAAUAGACAGGGAAGGGAUCCACCCCACGGAGAGCAAGGUACGGGCCAUUAGAAAGGCCCCAGCCCCCAAAAAUAAAACAGAAUUACAGGCAUUCUUGGGGCUUGUUAAUUUUUAUGCGGUAUUCUUGAAGAAUAAAGCAACAGUAGCCGAGCCGCUACAUAAGUUGCUAGCAAAGAAAGCUGUGUGGUCCUGGGGCAGAGAAGAGGCUAGGGCAUUUGAGGGGGUAAAAAACCUUUUGUCCAGCGAUAGCCUCCUCAUCCAGUACAAUGGCAAGUUGCCACUAGUGCUAGUUUGCGACGCUUCACCAUAUGGGGUGGGGGCGGUGCUCAGCCAUAGGUUACCGAAUGGAACAGAAGCCCCUAUAGCAUAUUAUUCCCGGACUAUGUCCUCUGUGGAAAGGAACUACAGCCAGUUAGAUAGGGAAGCGUUGGCCAUAGUCUCCGGGGUUAAGAAAUUUCACGAAUACUUGUUCGGGCGAGAUUUCGAGAUAGUCACGGACCACAGACCCCUUCUAUCUUUGGACUCUGGCCCAGUCACAUCCAAGCAGGUGGCUAAGGCAUCGUAUAGAGACAUUACAAUUCGGACUGUAAUCGGUUGGGUGCAAAGGGGUUGGCCCGCUGCGCCGGGCGAGCGUUUCAAAGACUUUGCGAAAAAACAAUCAGAACUGUCUGUUCAAGGGGGGUGUCUGUUAUGGGGGGAUAGGGUAGUUAUCCCAGAAAAAUUAUGCGAAAAUGUGUUGGAACUGUUGCAUGUGGGCCACCCAGGGAUUGUGCGGAUGAAGAGUUUAGCGAGGAGUUUUGUAUGGUGGCCCUUAAUGGAUAAGGACAUCAGCGACAGGGUAGGGAAAUGCCAAUCCUGCCAAGAGUCGAGGUCGCUACCCCCUACAGCCCCAGUUAGAGAGUGGGAGAAACCCCAGGGGCCUUGGUCCAGGAUUCACAUAGAUUUUGCGGGGCCGUUCCAUGGGCAGACCUUUUUAAUUGCGGUAGAUGCCUACUCAAAAUGGUUAGAAAUAAUCCUCAUGAAAAGCACAACGGUCGAAGCAGUAAUCACAGUCCUAAGGCAUCUAUUCGUAACACACGGCCUGCCCGACACCCUAGUCUCUGACAACGGCCCGCAAUUCACGGCAAACCAGUUUGAGGGGUAUUUAGCGGGAGAGGGUAUCAGACAUGUCCUCUCGGCGCCUUUCCACCCGGCGACGAAUGGACUUGCAGAACGUUUCGUUCGGAGCACCAAGGAAGCGCUAUCUAGGAUAAGUCCAGGCGACUGGCAAACGAAAAUAGACACUUUCCUGGCCGUCCAACAUAGGACCCCUUGUGUAACAACUGGCCGCAGCCCAGCGGAACUCUUAAUGGGCAGGAAACUCAGGUGCCCGCUAGACCGACUAAACCCAACUUAUACCCCAGACGGGUACAAGGGUAUUCAAGGAAAAACCAGGGAAAUGACAGUGGGUGACCCAGUAUGGGCACACAACUAUAGCGAGGGCCCAACAUGGUUAAAGGGGGAAAUUCUGGGCAUAAACGGACCCAAAUCAUACGUAGUAGACAUGGAGGACGGCCGGGUAUGGAAACGCCACAUAGACCAGUUAAGAAAACGUAUACCAAACAAACUAGAAACCAAACAACCAGGCCCUGACUACCAAUUGUUUGAAUCUGCAGCUGACUCAAACCCGAGGCGAGCGGAGGACUUAUCUGAUUCCGAUGAAGUCCAGCGACGCCAACCGGUUCCUCCUGAAGGCAACAGG